AUGUCGUUCUCAGAGGAGCUGCUGGGGAGCAGCGAGCAAGUGCUGCUGGAGACCAAGGCUGCUGCUGCCCUGUCCACCCCUCAGGAGCCAGAAGAUCUGGCAGCUGCACCAACGAAUGAGCUCAACCAUGUACAAAGCGGUGGAGGUGCCGGUGAACCUCUGGAGAUGGAGCAGCCUCUCCCAGAGCAGAGCGUGACCGACUCCAAGGAGCAUCCAGCUGAUAUUUGUGGCAGCCAGGAUGGCGAACUGAGACCCCAGACAGGACAGGCAAGUGAUGGAUGGUGUGUGAUGAACUUGGCAGGAGCCCCUGAUGAUGUUUCUAAGGAGAGAAGCGAGGAGCAGCAGGGUCAGCCUGCAGAGAGUCGGGAUGUGGACCAUGAAGAGUGGGAAGUUGUUUCUGAGCAGCUGGCCUGGGGGGAGGCUGGCAAGGAUGACAGCGUGGAAGACUCCGACAGCAGGGAAUGGGAACAAGGAGACUGCCCCGAUGGGGACUCGAGAGCUAAGAGGGUUGCAGCUGUGCCCCCCAUGAUUCAAAAUAUCCACGUGACUUUCCGGGUGCACUACAUCACGCACUCCGAUGCCCAGCUGAUCGCUGUCACUGGCGACCACGAGUGUCUGGGCCAGUGGCACAGCUACGUCCCCCUCAAGUACGACAAGGAUGGCUUCUGGUCUGACUCCGUUAUUUUGCCAGUAGACACCAGAGUAGAGUGGAAAUUUAUCUUGGUGGAGAAUGGGAACGUCAGACGUUGGGAAGAAUGCGGUAACAGGACCCUAGUGACUGAACACGAAGAUCAAAUUGUUCAUCAGUGGUGGGGGUACCAUUAA